CAAGUGCACUGAUAUCUGAAGAAGCAAAGUUAUCCAAUAAUAGUCUACAAUCAUCAUGCUCAGUUAUGCACAAGUAGUGGUUGCAGGUUUUGCAGCACUCAUCCUCUUCCUUUUUCAUUGCUAUCAGAGACGAUGCUACAAAGACCCCCUCCUUAAAGACUGGCCUAUAUUGGGAAUGCUACCACCAGUUCUCAGCAAUUUAGGUCGGAUUCAUGACUAUAUAACUCAGGCUCUUCAAAGAAAAGAGGGUACAGGGAGCUUCGCUGGACCUUGGUUUACUGGAAUGAACGGUUUGGUGACUUGCGACCCCAUGAACGUACAUCAUAUGAUGAGUAAGAAUUUCGCCCACUACACAAAAGGUCCAGAAUUUCAUGAGAUUUUUGAACCUUUCGGGGAAGGGAUUUUCACUGCAGAUUCAGACACAUGGAAGUAUCACAGGGCACUUCUCCAUUCCUUGUUUAAAACCCCAAGCUUCGAGAAGUUUCUGGAAAAGAUCGUUCGAGAGAAGGUGGAUUUCUGUCUUUCUCCUCUUCUUGAUCAUCUAGAAAGGCAGGGAAUUGAAGUGGAUCUGCAUGACGUGUUCAAUCGCCUCAACUUUGAUAUUAUUUGCUCUAUGGUCUUAGGAUCUGACCUCAAAAGCGUUGCUGUUGAUUCCCCAAAAGUUACAUGUGAGAGAGCUUUCAAUGAGGCUGAGGAGUUUAUAUUCUACAGAUACUCAGUACCAAGAUGCAUCUGGAAACUUCAGAGAUGGCUUCGAGUUGGAGCAGAGAAGAAGAUGGCUGAAGCAUGUCAAUUGUUUGACCAAUUCCUCUAUGAAAGUAUAGCAUCAAAGAGAGAAGAGCUUAGCAAAAACAAUGAAAUGAAGAAAACAGAGGAGGACUUGCUGACAACUUUGAUGAGGGAGGAACAAGGUAAAGAACAUGUGAAUGACAAGUUUCUAAGAGACACUGCUUUUCAUCUUUUUGUCGCAGGUAGAGACACCAUAACUUCAGCUCUCACGUGGUUCUUUUGGCUUGUCGCUACACACCCUUCAGUGGAGGCCAAGAUUCUUGAAGAAAUCAAAGAAGAAAAGGAAAUGAAAAAUCAAGUGUAUCUCCAUGGUGCUCUGUGUGAAUCACUGAGACUGUUUUUAGAGAGAAUUUUAAUUAAAGAUCAUGAAAGAGAGAUAUUUACUAAUGGAUCACCAAAAAAUUUGAAAAUUCUCUACAAAUUUUUUUUUUUUUUACUUCAAUUGACAUAAAAUAAGUAGCUAAAAAACUGAAAUGCCUUUUUGCAAAAGUAAUAAGUGUACUUAUUUAACUUUACUUAUUAAUUAUUUGCUUGUACUUAUUUGUUCCUUAAUAGUACUUGUCAAGUAGUUAACUAGUUAAUUUUGUAACUCCAUAGUCUUAAUAACAUUACUUGUU